GGCGGUGAGGGCAUUCUGCCUAGGAUUUUCCAACCGCAAGCCCCAAGCGACCGGUCCAUUACACAUCAACAUCGCAAUGUCCUUUGCUUUUCUCCUCCGACCGCAAUUACCUGCUUACACAUGUCGGGCAUGUCUCCUCCGACUCUCGCGGGCUUCUCGACGCCCCAUAUCGUCCAAGACGGCCAAAGACCAGAAAGUUAACACCGCAUUACCGACUUCACCCGCGCGCACGCGAUUCGCGCCUUCACCGACAGGCUAUUUACAUCUCGGAUCGCUGCGAACAGCGCUUUUCAAUUAUCUUCUCGCAAAACGCACAGGCGGGCAGUUCCUACUUCGAAUAGAAGACACGGACCAGAAGCGGACCAUUCCAGAUGCCGAACAGCGCCUCUUCCAAGACCUACAAUGGGCUGGACUAGAAUGGGAUGAAGGGCCUGAAGUCGGGGGACCAUACGGCCCCUACAAGCAGUCUGAACGUAGCACCAUAUACAAAGAACAUGCGCAGAAGCUCCUAGAUUCCGGGAAUGCCUACCGCUGCUUCUGCUCUGCAGAGCGCCUGAACAACCUCGCAGAACACCGUCACAAACUAGGCCUAGCAACAGACUACGACCGCACAUGCGCCUCGACACCAGAAGAGGAAUCUGAAGACCGAGCCCACAAGGGCGAAUCUCAUACCAUCCGCCUUAAAGUCCCGGACCAGUACCCAACGUACAAAGAUCUGAUCUACGGCACAUUUCGUCCCCUCAAAAAGCGUGGCCAUGUAACUGAGACCUCAUUCGAAGAUCCCAUAUUACUGAAGAGUGAUGGCUUGCCAACGUACCACCUCGCCAAUGUCGUAGACGACCACCUGAUGAAGAUUACACACGUUAUCCGUGGAAGCGAAUGGAUGCCCAGCACACCCAAGCACAUAGCCAUGUAUUCAGCAUUUGGGUGGACAGCGCCCGAAUUCGCGCACGUGGGACUCCUCGUCGAUGAAAAAGGCAACAAGCUGUCGAAAAGGAAUUUCGACACCGACAUCACUGCCUUCAAGGAGAUGGAGAUAUUCCCUGAGACAUUAACAAAUUUCGCUGCAUUACUCGGCUGGUCUCAUAAAGAGAAGAGCGACGUCAUGGACCUGGCGGCUCUGAUCCAAAACUUCAGUCUCAAAUUCACAAAGGGAAAUACAACUGUCACAUUCGGCAAAAUGCACUUCCUUCAACGCAAACAUGCCCUAUUGCGCGCCCAAGCCGGCGGUCCUAAGCUCGACGAGAUAACCGACAACGUUGCCCGCCUACUCACGUCUCCAGACUCGCCAUACCCAGACUGGCGAAAAGUAGUCCAUUCCUCUCCAGAACCAUACAUCACGCAAAUCAUCCGCGUAGACGCAGAAAACUACACCAACGCAAACGAGUUCCUGUACCGGAAUGCUUUCUUCUUCACGCCUCUCCGCCGAUCCCUCAGCACGCCGUCUACCACGCCCGAGGACAUCCCCAAGCGCGCGCACAUGCUCGCUGAUAUCUCAAAGGAAGACUGGCAGAAAGAAAAUCUCAUGCAGAAAGUGCACGAGAUCAUUGACGGGAGAGAGCAGGGCAAAGAGGGAAGUAAAGACGUGUAUCAUUAUAUGCGCAUGGCGCUUACGGGGCAGGAGAAAGGCAUGCGGAUUUAUGACGUCAUGUUGAUACUAGGGCGGAGAGAGACGUUGGCGAGACUAGGUGUGGAUUAGUGAGGGUUGUUUGAUGAUGGACAUGAAUCGUAAAAUAGAGGACAGAAUGUAUGAACUUGGAGAUGCCGGUGAGUCAUAUGGAGGCUGUAAGAUCUUGUAGAUGUAUGUAUACAUGGUACUCUUAGCGCUGCUAGACAUCGUUGAAUACAGGGGUAGUUGCACAUCACUGCAGUAUGAAGCGUUAAAUUGUGAAUCAAGACGGAACUUGAGACUAAUCCUUUGAUACGU